AUGCCAAAAUUAAAUAAAUUUUUAUUUUGCAAAAAUGUUAAAAAAAGAUUUUUUUCACAUCGAGGAUAUAAAUUUGAUAAAAUAGGUGAAAGUCAAAGUUUAAGCGCUGAAGAGAUAGAAGAAUUAGACAAAGUAAGUAUGGUUUCCCUUAAAACAUUGAAAAUACCAGAAAAUAUUAAAAAUAAAUUACAUAAUAUAGCAAAACAAUUUAUAAAAAAAAAGGAUUUAGAAAAAUUAGGUAGAUUUAUGGCAAAGAAAUUGACAAGUAGAACUUGUGUAGAAUUACCAAGAGUUCUUCCAUCAAAAUUAUUAUGCGAAUCAGAAGAAGAAAAAAAUAAAAUAGAAAAAAUGUUAGAUAAAAAGUCUUAUAAAUGUUUGAAACAAUUUUUAACACAGUACAGCAAUAAAUCAAAGGAGUUAGAACAAAUAGCUCUAACGUAUGCUGAAGAUUCAAGACAUAAACUUAAUAUAUCAUUUUUUCCUGAAGCAUCCAUUGCUUAUACAAUUCAUAAGUUUAAUGGGCAUUAUGGAAUUAUAUAUAGAAUAUUUCAUGAAAUAAAACUUAGAAUAUCUGAUUUUUAUCCUAAAAAUUUUUUGAAUUAUUCAGCGGUGCCUGCAGUAGGUAUAAUAGCUGCCCAAGAAAUAUUUAAUUAUAAAUUUGAUAAUAUAUUAACAGUUGAAUCAUCAGAGCAUUUAACAUCAAUAUCUAAAUAUUUGGUUGAUAAAAUACCUAAUGUAAAACAUCAAAUGCAUUUAUAUGAAAAUACUGAUUAUUUUGAUUUAAUUUUAUUAUCACACACAUUAUUGUCAUUGUAUGACUAUGAUUCAAGAAUUCUCUUCAUAAAAAAUUUAUGGAAUCGCCUUUCAAAAAAUGGAAUUAUAGUAAUCGUUGAAAACGGAACUCCUACUGGAUUUCGUAUGCUUCAUUCAAUAAGAGAAAUGUUCAUUACAGAAUUAAAGUAUAACAAAUUUCACAUUGUUGCACCAUGUCCACAUGAGAGCAUUUGUCCAUUAUCUUUAACAGGUAAGGAUUGGUGCCAUUUCUCUCAAAGAAUUCACAGAUUAUCUCAUCAUAUAUACUGCAAAGGUAGUCGUGCAAAAAAUGUAGAAGAAGAAAAAUUUUCAUAUUUGGUUAUAAGAAAGUGUGAAGGUCCUAGAACAAAAUAUGAAUCUGAGUCAGCAGCCUUAACAGUUCAGGAAAAAUCUUUUUUCUGGCCAAGAAUUGUAAUGCCAACAAUAAAAGCAGGAAAACAUGUAUUAAUUGAUGUAUGUUCAUAUCCAUAUAAUUUUGAAAGACUUGUAGUUACAAAAAGUUCUCCAUUAAUAACAAAUUUAAAAACAAAAAAUGGAACAAUUUUAAAAGGUUAUGGAUACAAAAAUGCAAGAAAAUUAUUAUGGGGUGAUUUAUGGAGAUUUACAAAGAGAAUUAGUAGACCUGAUGCAAGACUUUAUACACCAGAAACAACAAAAAAGCACUUAUAUCGCUUAUAUCAAAAACAAAAAAGAAGACAAAAUAUUAAAUCUGUUGUUGAUAACAAAUCAGAAGACUAUUAUAAUUCACGUUCAAUACAAUAUUUUGGUUCAUAA